GCAGGGCGGGGCUUCAGCGACCAUCAGCAGGCUGCCGUUAGUCGGCGCAGCGGCACCGACCUCCUGCUCGUCUCCAGGCCGCGUCAUGGAUGGCGGAGCGCGGCGUGUGUCUGAGUGUCUGCGGGUCCAGAUGGAUCAGUUCACUGCGGGGAUUCUCUUCACUUAGAUCCGUAAACCUCCCAGAAAAACGGUGGGAAACCGCGUGCGGAGCCGCAGAAAGCGAGCGGAGCGCCGCGGAGCGUUGAUGCGGCAGAAAAAUCGCCAUUGUUCGGAUGCGCAGCAGACUGACGCAAAGUGACGGAGAAGAGAAAAGCUCGUGCAGAGCUCUGAGCCGCAGCCGCCAUGGCUUCCCCGCUGCUCCUCGGCCUUUUUCUGCACUGGUUUUUCCAGCAGAACCCGGCGGCGUUCCAGGUGACUCUGAGUGAGGAAGGUUCCAUCAUAGCAACCUUAGAACCUUCUGACUUUUGGGAGAACGCCACUGCGUAUGCAGCUCAAGUCUCAGGAGAACCUCGGCGCAUCGUGGCCCAAUUUGUCAACACCGGCAACAGGUCGAUUUCCACACCUCCGCUGGUCUUCAACACCGUGUUUCAUGGACUCUGCUACACCGUGGGACUUCUGGUCAAACAAGGACGGUCCUGGUCCAGACCCAUCAAGAUGGUAUCCAUUCUCACAAAGCCCUUCCCACUGCUCAGCGUGCAGAUAACGGACUAUAAAGAAUCUCCCGAGACCGGCGUGGUUUUUGAAAUCAACCCUCCGGCCCGGAACUUCUUCAGCCGCAUCAACAUCAGCUACACGGAAGGUCAAGAGCGUCGCUCGAUGCUCUACAAAGGUUUUUAUAAAGGGCGGACCGUCUUUAAGCACUGGUUACCGGGUAUGUGUUACAAUAACACCUUCCAGCUCAUCUCUGAGGUCACCGUGUCUCAGACGGUCAUGACUGCGCAGAGUGAUGUCACCCACACACCACUGCACCACCGGACAGUUCCCAACCCGCCCCUCAACAUUUCCUAUAAGAUCAUUCACCUAAAUCAGAGGGUGGAGCCAUAUGAUCCCGUCAGUGCCGUCCCUCCUGAUGGGAGCUAUGAGACACAUGGAACCUCUCGCCAAACCCGGGACGUCUCGCUGUUGGAGGAGGAUGUACCCAAUCAGGAGGAGGAGGAGGAGACUUUGUUUGAGGCUACCACACAGACUCCACUGAACCCAACAAACAACAUCACAGACGCUACCACUGAGUACACAGACACAAACGCCACCACCAUGGACGACGGCUCGGUAGCUCGGAACCACUGGCCAGAACCCACAAACGACCCCACUCCAGCGGACACGGAGGAGGAGUUUGUCAAUGCAGUCAUACCAGAGUAUGAGGACUCAAAUGAGCCCGGAUCAGCAAUGGGUUUUCCCUCUGAACCCUUGGUCCUGCCCACCAAACUGCCUCCCAUCCUGUUGGAGUUGCGAUGGCUUCCGCCCAGACCGCCAACCGUCUACGAUGGCUUCGUCAUCUACAUCUACAGAGUCGGUAACGUCACAGAAACGGCCACUGUGGAUGAAAACACUCACGAGUUCUUCACCGAGCUGACAGAACCGGGAAUCUACCAAGUCCAGGUCACCACUCUGAGCUUGUCAGGAGAAUGUAAAGCCAGAGAGAGCGCCGCCAACGCGGGCUUCACCUUCUACCUCAGCGCAGCAGCGGUGAGUUGCUGGAGGAGUUGCGGGAGUGUCCCCCGAGCAGUCAGCGUGCGGCUGGUGGAUUUGAGCACCGCCGUCGUCUGGGCUCCGUACUCUGAGAGCCACAAUGGCAGCCUGGUGUCAGUGGUGUCAACAACCUGCCUCAAACCCAGUCUGAGCCAGCGCAUGGAGACACAUACUGCAGUGAUGUGUCAUGUCAUUUCACAGGAAAACACAACCAGUGACAUUAUCACUAACCUGACCCCUGGGGCUCAGUACCGUGUGGUGGUCUACCACACCAACGGACCUCUGAUCAGUCCACCGUCCGAACCAGUCAUCAUAGAUUUUGAACCGACUGGAGUGCAUGAGCUCGCUGUUUAUCCGCUGAGUCCCACGGCGGUCAUCCUGAGCUGGCAGAGGCCGUAUCACGUCACCUUUCGCAAAUACGUCCUCCAAACCUUCUUCUUCAACCCCGUCACCUUGGCGUCUGAAUGGACCACCUACUACGAGAUCGCCGCCACCGCCUCAGUCGUUGCAUCCGUGAGAGUGACUGAUCUCCUGCCAGCUUGGUACUAUAAUUUCCGUGUUUCCAUGGUAACGUGGGGCGAGCCGCCCCAAAGCUGCUGCGACAGUUCCACCGUCAGCUUUGUGACAGCUCCUGAGGCUCCUCACAUCUCCUCGGUGGAUUACUCGCACGGCGUGCUGUACGUGCGCUGGACGUACGGCGAGCUCUUCAUCGACCUGUCGCACUCCAGGAUGCUGCACUGGCAGGUGGUGGCGGUGGGAAAGAAAAGCUCAGAGAAGUCGUAUUCUGUCGACAUCACUCGGAACGUGAUGCAGGCCAGCCUUCCUCUGCCGCCGGGCGACAUCUACAACCUGACCGUGACGGCGUGCACCGAGCGCGGCAGAAACACGUCCACGCCAAACAUCAUCAAACUGGAGCCGGCUCCGCCCAGGUCGCUGUACGUGGUCAACGCCACACACUCGUCCGUCACUCUGCUGUGGGUGGAGGACGGCGUGGUGGACUACUACCAGGUCCUCUGCAAACCCUCCAAACCCAGCAAACUCCUCAAGGCCCGGGAACCUCAGACGUCCACCUCUCACGUGGUGACAGUUUCAGGUUUGAUGCCCUCGUCCACCUACAACUGCACCAUCACCAGCUUCAGCUACAGCACCCCCAGCAAGCCCGCGCACAUCACCAUCACCACUGUCUAUAAAGAGAUGAACCCCAGCGUGGCAGCCAUCUCAGCUCUGGCCGUCCUCAGCAUCCUGAUCAUCAUCCUGCUGGUUCUGUUCCUGCUCGUCCUCCGGAAGAAGCACCUGCAGAUGACCAGGGAGUGCGGUGCAGAGACCUUCGUCAACUUCGCUUCAUUUGAGAGAGACGGAAAGCUUCCUUACAACUGGCGAAGAAGCCUCUUUGCCUUCCUUACCCUCCUGCCAUCCUGCCUUUGGACUGACUAUCUUUUGGCUUUUUAUAUUAAUCCGUGGAGCAAGACAGCUCUUAAGAAACGGAAGCUAACAAGUCCCGUUCAGCUGGAUGAUUUUGAGGCUUAUUUUAAAGAAAUGGGCAAAGAUUCUGCGUACAAAUUCUCUCUGCAGUUUGAGGAGCUGAAAACAGUUGGACUGGAUCUUUCCCAUGAUGCAGCAGACCUGCCGGUGAACAGGCCGAAGAACCGAUACACCAACAUCCUUCCCUACGACUUCAGUCGCGUGAAACUGAUGUCCAUACACAACGACGAAGGUUCCGACUACAUCAACGCAAACUACAUACCCGGCUACAGGUUUCCUAAAGAGUACAUCGCCACGCAGGGGCCGCUGCCCGAAACCCGGAAUGACUUCUGGAAGAUGGUCCUGCAGCAGAAGUCGCCCAUCGUGGUCAUGCUGACACAGUGCAACGAGCGCCGCCGGGUGAAGUGCGAUCACUAUUGGCCAUUCACUGAUGAGCCCGUGAUGUAUGGAGAGAUCAGCGUCGAGAUGCUCUCUGAAACCGAGUCGCCUGAGUGGACAGUCAGGAAGUUCAGAUUGGGAUACGCUGAUGAGACUCGGGACGUCCUGCAUCUCAACUACACUUCGUGGCCAGAUCACGGCGUCCCCACGGUCAACGCCAUCGAGAGCAUCCUGCAGUUUGUUCACAUCGUCCGUCAGCAGGCCAACAGGACUAAAGACCCCAUCAUAGUCCACUGCAGCGCUGGAGUCGGCCGGACGGGGACGUUUAUGGCACUGGACCAUCUGAUGCAGCACAUCAGGGAGCACGAGUUUGUGGACAUCCUGGGAAUGGUGUCAGAGAUGCGAUCUCACCGACUGUCCAUGGUUCAGACCGAGGAGCAGUAUGUGUUCAUCCAUCAGUGUGUCCUGUUAAUGUGGCAGAAGAAGAAGCAGCAGUCCAUCACCAAUGACGUCAUCUACGAGAACGCCAGCAAAACAUAACGCUGCCGAAGAGUUCUGCUUCAUCCUCCGUGUCAAACACAAAACAACAGGAAAAAAAAAAAGGUUUUAAUUUUGUGCGUGUCAAAGGUCAAAGUCUGCCUUAAGGAGCCUUCACUAACGUUCAGACGCAAUCCUGCUCUCUGAUUGGACAGAUUCUCCUCCACGCUGAGCGACUGGACGACAUGAGUCAGCCAAUCGUCAGUUUUAUUUUUCGUUUUUUCUAAUCUCAGGUGCAGCUGGAAAAGAGGCCAACGAGCCGGAUUCUUCCUCCACUCCGAACGAGCGCGAGCCUGAUUUCUCCCCCGCCCACUCGUUUAAACAUGGACCAAUUAACUGCCAGGACGAGAACACGGAGGAAACCUUCUGCACCGCCAAAAUAAAAUGAGCACAAACAUCAGGAGGAUGAUUUUAAGAGUUAAUUCUACUCUGAUUUUUUUUUUUUUUUCAGCAGAUCUCCGUCGAUCAGGUUUAUCGCGUCACUUCAGUCUAUUGCUAACAGCGUCCACGUUCUUCACUGUGGUUGGUUGUUGAAAACCAGCAACACAGUAAACAAAACAAACAAAAGGUAUGAAUGCCACAGAAGGUCGACUGUUUUAUCAACAGUUUUUUUUGUUUUUAUCACACGGCAUAUUUUAGCAACAUCUGAACAAAUCCACCAACUUGAAUUUCACAGAAUGUUUUCAGGCAACGUAGGAGUGUCGCAUUAUUUCCUUACAUGAAGUCCUCCACUGUAGCCAGCAGGGGGCAGAUGAGUGCUUGUGCUUCUCUGGCUGAGAGCUGCCAAGUUUCCAUGGCAACCUCGUGCCACUCAUUUCAGAGACACGCGGUGAAAUCAUUAUGGACAAGCAUUUUUUUUGUUGUUGUUUGUUUUGGUGAUGUUCGGACUGGCUUAGUUGUUUCCCGUCAUGCAGCGUUUAUAACGUAUGACACGCUACCGCUACAUGUUAGCAUAACUCAAGAGUAAAUGUCGAAAAACCCUAAUUUUAACGGAGCACAAAAUUCUACGUUUAGACGCAUUAAAUAUUUUUUAACUUGAAUGGUAAGAUUGCUCAUUUGGCCUGCACUUGCGUACGUUGUGUCCCAUGAUUCAGUUCUUAGUGAGAAUCAUAAAAAAAUAAAUAAUAAAAAUAAAAUAAAUAAAUAAAAAAUAUUGUAUGGUUUGUACAUCUGAACCCAAAUUUGCUGUUUUUUAUUCCAAAUUUGACCAAAUGUUUUCAGUUUUGUGAAAAUGGUUUUUCACACACACACACACACACACACACAUCUAGACUCCGCCCCUUUCUACAAUUGCAUGCUAAAAUUAAUGGAAUCUUUUACAAAAUUAGACUUUUUUUAAUUAUUAGAAUCAGCUCCACCACAUGUUCACCAUCACAAUAUAUAUGAAAAAAACAAUUGGAGUUGUUGGCUCCACCCGUUUUUCCCAUCUGAGCGUCCACGUGACUUUAAGUCUGUGAUGUAGUAAAAAGGAUACAUGUCAAAUAAUAAAAAAAAAAAAAGAAAAUUAUAGAAAUGUUGACUCCAGUGAGAUUGAAGCGUUAUUGUUCAUUUCUGCUGAAUGUCGGAACUCGUUAAAGGCCGCGUGGAUGGAAAACCAGCCGCCAUCUUUACUUGAAACAUUUGCUCAAUCUGCACAAAACCACAAAUUGCCAGUGUACGUUUAGGCGCACAGACACGCUUGUAGGUUUGUUUAUUUGCACUGAACCUUUGGCGCUGCUAAUAAAAGAACCAAUAAUGACUCCGCCCACUUCCACCAGAAGUUGAAACUCUUUCAAAUGUGACAAAGUGAACAAACUGCCAACACGCCGAUUUCUUCUUCGUGUGCUUCAAGUUUCAGAAAUGCACUCAGAACUUCAGAACUGACCACAAAAAGUAAAAAAAAAAAAAAAAAAUAGAAAAGAAAAAAAAAACCUCACAUUCAAAUAUAAAUCUCACAAAUACAUUUGACCUGUUUUAUUAUUAUUAUUAUUAUUAACAAACAAGGUUGUUGCAAAAUCUAAAUUUUAAUAGAUGAAAAUAUUUCUCAUUUCAUCACAAGUAGGGGGCGUUAUAAGAUGUUUUGGUUGAUUUGGAUUGCAAUUAAAUUACAUGUCAAUUUGCUAAAUUCAUCUCAUUUCCACCACUUUUCUGGAAUAGGAUCACCAUGGCAACAGUUGGUUGUUUUUGUUUUUUUUAGAAAAUGUUUGUAAUUACAAAUAACGCCUCAGUAUUAAAAUUUGUUAUUGCACAAUGAAAACUGCCAAUGUUUUUAUAGCACAGAUUUUUAUGCGUUUGUUAAUUUGUUUUAAUCACGUGUGCUUAAGACAGAUUUUUUUUUUCCUCUUCGUAUUUCACACCCAAAAUUUAUAUUUAGGUCCACAAAUGUGUCAAUUCACCUAAAAUUAAAUUGUUGUGCUUUCAUUUUUGUUUUGUAAAUUUGUGAUAGCACCUAAUAAACCCGGACAUUAUUCUGGGAUUUGGUAUUUAUAUUUUGAGCUGUUAAAAAAAACAAAAAAAACAAAAAAAAAACAAAUCGACCUUUGGGGCCCCCUGGUGGCUGCAACCGGCUCUGUGUGUCUCUGAGUGCAUUGUCUGGAUACUAAAUUAUCUCAGCAUUUUACAAGCAUCACUGUUAAAAUGUGCAAUCCGUUUUUUAUUGUUAAAGUUUAUGAUCAUCUGUUCAAGAUUUUGACAAACAUGAAGCGUGAAAGAGAAUCCACGUUUAUCUUUUUUUUUCUGACUGUAGACAAAGUUUACUGAGCAGACAAGCCGUCCGUCGUAAUUUAACCAAAAUGUUUUACAGUAUUCACGAUGUGCAGGGUGUUGUCAAAAUAAAACGUCAACUUUUUGUUUUUUAACACAGAAAAAAACAACAAAAACUACAGAUUUAACCUCCAUUAAAUGUUUCAAUUUUAUAGUUGUAUUUCAAUGGAAAACUUGUUAGGUUUUCAGACUGUCAGUUUUAUUUUUUAUUGGCACAUUAACGCUUAAAUUUCCAAUAGUGACAUUUUUAAAAUUAUGUAAAAUAAAACAGCAACAGACGAGUUUAUUGGCAGGUUAAACAAGGUGAGCUGCUGUUCAAGUAAAAUAAUUUCAGAGUUUUCAUGAAAAGUGCCAACAUACACAAUGAAGCUAAAAAAUGGAUCAAAAUAUGAAACCAUUUUAAUUGAAAACACUUUUGUUCAACAAACGUGGCGACUGCGGCGUGCAAAACGCUAAGAUGUGUUAGCGUUUGUUAUUUUGACCACACCCUGUUUGUAUGUUGUACAAUUACAAGUGAAUGUUUUGUUGACUUUCAAAAGAUUUUGCUGCAAACUGAGAAUCUUGUUCCGGCGCCGCGCUGAGACUUUGUCGCCACUUGAUCUCAAACAGGUUUGACUUUUGGAAAUUACACGUACUGUAAAUAACGUUUAGCGUCUUUCUGCUUGUCAUGAUGCCAGUUCUUGUGGGAAUGACUUUGUUGCUUUUUUAAUAAUCGUUGUAAAUGUGACUCAUCGUUAACGUGAGCAGACGCUUCGUUGCACAGCUGGACGUUUGGAAAUUGUUGACUGUGAGCGCCACCAUGUGGACACGGAAGAACACACGUUGAUUUGACUGUGUGUUGAGGGGGGGCACGGACCUUGUUCAGCACUGAACACUUUUUUCUCUUCGUGUUUGUCGAGUCGAAUUUGUUCGGCUUUGGUGCCAUGUUCUCGUGGAUUGUGUCACUUCAGAUUUGAUGUGCAAUCUCGGAUCAACUGUCGGUUUUUAUGUGUGUGGAACAAAAUAAAAUGUUGCAAUGGUCAA